GCUAGGGGAGGGGGCAGCAAGCCUGGCAAGAGACAGCCAUUAACAGGUAACUUGGGGGAGACAGGAAGAGCCUCCUGACAGGUGAGUGACAGCUAGAGAAUAAGAGACAGGCUAAUAGGUUACAAGGGAGAGUGGCAGAGGCAGACAAUGAGAAGAUGACAUAAGAGAGGCUCAAGAGACUGUCUGGGUGGGGAGCUAAUCCAGCCUAGCAAGCCUGUGCCAGGGAAGAUCAUAAGCUGAGAGGGGAUGCCAGGCAUGAAGGGGCAUCUCUUGUGAGACAUUCCUCAGGCCAGUGUGGGAGGCAGCCCAGGGGUAAUUACUGCAAGAGGGACUGGCCUUAGGGCAGUGGGAAGGUGGGCACAGGAGAGAGACAUCCUGCUACUGGCUGCUGGGGCCUUAGGGCUAAGAUUUUGGGACAUUCCAAGAGACUGCAGAAAAUGGUGUGGAAGUGACAGAGAGACAUCUGCCCAGUCACCGAAAGAGACAUCCCUGGGCAGCUGGCACCAUGUCAGGACCCCGGGGGCAGAACAAGAUGUCCAGCACAGAGCGUGUCGUCAGAGCCGUCCCUUUCCCACCUACCCGUCGCCUGACCAUGAAUGAGGUUUUUGUCGAGGGGCGUCCUCAACUGGAGACCCUCAAGAAUCACUUGAUCAAGGAGGGAAGACUGGAGGAGGAAGCAGCUCUGCGCAUUAUCCGUGAGGGUGCAGCCAUUUUGCGCCAGGAGAAGACCAUGCUUGAGGUGGAGGCCCCUAUUACAGUAUGCGGGGACAUCCACGGGCAGUUCUUUGAUCUGAUGAAGCUGUUUGAGGUUGGAGGUACCCCCCACAACACACGCUACCUCUUCUUGGGGGACUACGUGGACAGAGGAUACUUCAGUAUAGAGUGUGUCCUGUACCUCUGGAGCUUGAAAAUUAUUCACCCCAAGACCCUGUUCCUACUGCGAGGGAACCAUGAGUGCCGGCAUUUAACAGAGUAUUUCACCUUCAAGCAAGAAUGUAAGAUAAAGUAUUCGGAGCGUGUGUACGACUCCUGCAUGGAUGCCUUUGACUGCCUUCCACUGGCGGCUCUGCUCAACCAGCAGUUCCUCUGUGUGCACGGUGGGCUGUCCCCGGAAAUCACCUGCUUAGAUGACAUUAGGAAGUUAGACAGAUUCAAGGAACCCCCUGCCUUUGGCCCCAUGUGUGACUUGCUCUGGUCUGAUCCAGCAGAGGAUUAUGGUAGUGAGAAGACGCUGGAACAUUUCACCCACAAUACUGUACGUGGGUGCUCCUAUUUCUACAGUUACCCUGCCGUCUGUGAGUUCCUACAGAGCAACAAUCUUCUGUCAGUGAUCCGGGCACAUGAAGCACAGGAUGCUGGCUAUCGCAUGUACCGUAAGAGCCAGACCACUGGCUUUCCUUCUCUCAUCACCAUCUUUUCUGCACCCAACUACCUUGAUGUGUACAACAACAAAGCCGCAGUGUUGAAGUAUGAGAACAACGUGAUGAACAUCCGGCAAUUUAACUGCUCUCCACACCCCUACUGGCUGCCAAACUUUAUGGAUGUAUUUACCUGGUCCCUGCCCUUUGUAGGGGAGAAAGUUACAGAGAUGCUUGUGAACAUCCUCAGCAUAUGCUCCGAUGAUGAGCUGAUCUCCGAUGGGGAAGACCCACUGGAAAGUGGUGCUUCAGUGCGGAAAGAGAUCAUUCGGAAUAAGAUCAGAGCCAUUGGAAAGAUGGCCCGCGUCUUCUCUGUGCUCAGGGAGGAAAGUGAGAGUGUCCUGACACUAAAAGGGCUGACCCCCACAGGUACACUGCCCCAAGGGGUUCUAUCUGGGGGACGGCAAACUCUACAGAGUGCAACAGAAGAAGCGGUUGAGGCUCAGGAAGAAGUCCGAGGCUUCUCCCCCCAGCACAAAAUCCGGAGUUUUGAAGAGGCCCGAGGGUUGGAUCGUAUUAACGAACGCAUGCCCCCACGUCGUUCCACCUCCCCCUUGGACCCCAACCUCAAUUCCACUGACAAGAACAGCACCAACAGGAGCUCGCAGUGACACCACAUCUGCAGCUCACUGCCCAACUCCCUCCGACCUCUGCAACAGCUGCGUGUGUGAGGGCAGGACUCUCAUAAGCAGGCUGCCAGAUAGCGGGCACAGGCGCAUACAGGGAUAGGGAAAGGCACACUUACAGCUCCAUGUCUAAUUACAGCUGAGAGAUACAGGGACGUGGACACAGUUUACACUAUACAAGUGCAGAUUCAAACACACACACACAAGCCUACAGACACAAUAGCUACACAAGCCAGUAGUGACGUGUACAUUCAUGCCAUUCCAAACAUGCUUGUGCAGAUCAGUGCAAACACACCUGAGCACACACACACUCCGACUGAGAGCGUGACACAAACAUUGAUACUGUCCCAGCAGCCUGUCCUGCAGUUUGUAUUCUCUUUGUAAAUGUCAUUUUGCGUUCUAUAUAUAUAUUUAUACAUGUGUAAUAUAAAGACCCUGUUUUUUAAUGUAGGGUAUGUCUAGCGACCAGCUGCAAUGCUGUACUUUAGUAGCGAGCCUCCUGUUGCCACAGUGCAGAGCCACCAGAGUUUCACACUGACGCCCUGCUGCGCGCAUAAACGCUUCUGCCCUCACGUAUUGGCGCUUACGUUUGCACCCACAGUGCUGCGCUGUGUUUCUCUCAUAGACCUUUAGUGUCGUCUUUUGAUGGGAAUUACAGUUUAGCCACAAUGCCAAAAGUCACAUUCCUGCUCUAACAAAUGCUUUGUAGCUCUUAAACGCAUGCCCCCAAACAUGCAUUGCCGCAGUAUUUCAUGCACCGUGCUCCUUCUACAGAGACACUUGUACAGAAUCAAAGGGGAAUGUACAGUGCUGAAAUUAGGGCAAAAAAUACCAGGUCCGGACUGAGAUUCAAAAUAGGCCCUGGAUUUUAAAGUACCCAGAGGCCCAAACAACCCCCACAGGGCCAAUUAAUAGUGGCUGUCUAUGGCAUUUUACAGCAUUUGCCAGAACCCACAGAUUACCAGUCCGGUCCUGGAAUGUAUUUGUUUGGGCAAAAGCCAAUGCCAUAUUCCUUCAAAGGGUUGCCAAUGGGCAACUAAACUUGAAAUAUCCAGUGAACCCUUCAAGUGUUUGGUGGUGAGUAUGAAUGUUAACAUACCCUCCGCCCAUUUGCUUAUAUCUUGGCUUGUAUGUUUAAUAAAUGUGCAAAGUUGGAGGGGGUUUCUUGACCAAUGACAGGGUGACCAAAAGCGCCUCUGCCGCCUCCUAUGGGAACCACUAGAGCACCACUAGUACAGGGAGUUCUCUAAUUUGAGGUUGGGUGGUUCUAAUUGGAGGUGUGUGGUGGUUCAUACUGAAAGCAAUGGGAGGCGGCAUGGGUGUUACUGGCCACGCCUCCACCAUGUGAUAUCAGCCUUACAGUGAAGGGCUCACAAAGUGCAAGAUAUCUUGGUAGAAAGCAUUUUAUUGGACAGCUGUGCUUCCUAAAUCCAUAAUUUGGAGGCAGGCAGCAUUAUACUGAGGAGUGCAGCUAAUCAUCUGGGGCUCAGUAUGAUUUCAGUGCACUGGGACUCGCGAGCAUGCUGUAUGAAAUAAUGCACGCGUCUCAUUAGAAUCCUUAGAAGAAACCAUUUUGCUAUGUUGUUUGCUCUAAUGCUGCCUUGUACAUUGCCCCACUAGCGCUGCUAACCACAAUUGCUCCGCACAUAGACCUGUGCAGCAGGCGGCUCUGCACUGCACAUUAGAGCACACGCAGAGAGUCGCCGGAGAACCCAGAAGCCUCAGCAGAGGCAGGUUCUGCACGCAAAGGGCACUCUGCGGGAGGCGGCUGCGCAUACAGUGUUCUGAGGCACAUUGGUGACUUCUGUUUUACUGGUGAAUGUAAAUGGAAGAAGUCAUUUUAACUCCUUUCUUAUUGGCCUCUUGCAUUCCCCAUCCCCAUGCGUGCCCAGACCAGACCCUUUAUUGUAUAAGGGCGACAUUCUUUUGGGCUUUUAGAAACCUUUGUACAAGCAGGGCUUGACAUCUCCCUAAGCGCGCUGUUGCUGGGUCACCCUCAGGAAUAUUACAGCUCACACUGGGGUGGCAUCUAUACUGCUUGGUUACAAGAAAUCACUCCAGUAUGGGGUUACCCCCUCGCAUUUGCAUCGUUAGGGCACCAUUUGCACUCCAGAAGCAGGACGGUUACUCCUACACCGGGCGGUGCCCAACCCUGGUUCUCUGUAUGGAGUCAUAGCACAAGUGUCAAUCUUCUCACUGUCCCACAGUUCUCUAUGGCACAGCCUAUUAUACCUUUAAAAGCCCAGACAAGGCGAGGGGUAGAGAUGUGCCCCCCUUCCCCCCCUGCCACCCUGUUUAUGGAAAUUAUUUGCUGAGUUGUCUUAUAUUAAAAAUGGCUAAAGAAAUAUAUUUGAUGAUUCUUCCCCCCCCCCACAAAUAAUAGGGAGCAAAAUUGUUGAGAUUAAACAGCAAAAUGGUAA